AUGGCUUCAGACAGCACCCUCCCAAUCCACCCCAACGGCGUCCCACCACCCCCCUCCUCCACAUCCACCUACACCGCCGCAACCCUCGCCAUCCACGCCGACGACGCCCUCAACUCCUCCACAGACGUCGCGCCCCCCUCCACGUCUCCACCACCUUCCGCUACGCCCACAACCCCGACGACCUCGUCCCCGCCCUCGACGAGCCGCCCGACUCCUCCGACACCAACACCCCAGCGCCGCAUGUCUACUCCCGGCUCACGGCGCCAAACACCUCGCGCCUCGAGGCCGUCCUCUCGCAGCUCCUCAAUGGCAAAGCACUGGCCUAUGCGUCCGGCCUCGCAGCCUUCCACGCGCUGCUGGUGUUUCUGA